UGACGUCAAACUCCUGCGACGGAACUUACCACGUGGGAAGGAUUUAGCUGUGUCGAUGAGGUAAACAACCGCAGUGUAGCUUGGCUGUAUUUAUCCAUAACAUAUAUAUUUCCAUUUCAUUUUGAACAAGCCUUAAGUUUUUGCUUUGUAAAGCGGUUCUCUCUAGACCAUGCCCCACAACCCCGAUCAUCCUCCGGCGAAGAAAUUUAAGCCGGGGUCUCCUUUUUUCCGUCUCGACAAGAAGCCUGGGAUGCUGCUACCUAGAAAGGAAAAUGCCUCGGUACCAAUAGACGUGCAAAGGAAAAAUCUUCCCAUUUACCAGGCGAAGUCUCAACUAAUUAACCAGCUUAGACAGCUUCAUAAUGCUGUAUUGAUAGGUGAGACGGGUUCUGGGAAGACCACCCAGAUUCCUCAGUACCUGUAUGAAGCUGGCAUCGCGCGACAGGGCAUCGUCGCUGUGACACAGCCCCGCCGAGUGGCAGCUAUCUCCCUGGCAACGAGGGUAGCAGAGGAGAAGAGAACUCAGCUGGGGAAGCUGGUCGGCUACACGGUGCGAUUUGAGGAUGUCACCUCCUCGGAGACGAAGUUGAAGUUCAUGACAGAUGGUAUGCUCCUGCGUGAGGCCAUAGGAGACCCCUUACUGCUACGCUACACCGUGGUGGUGCUGGAUGAGGCCCACGAGCGCACUGUGCACACUGACGUACUUUUCGGAGUGGUGAAGGCUGCCCAGCGCAAACGCAGAGAACAGAACAAGGUCCCCCUCAAGGUGAUUGUGAUGUCAGCCACCAUGGAUGUGGACCUGUUCUCUCAGUACUUCAACAAGUCCCCUGUGCUGUACCUGGAGGGCAGGCAGCACCCCAUCCAGAUGUACUACACCAAGCAGCCCCAGUCGGACUACCUGCAGGCUGCCCUGGUCUCAGUCUUCCAGAUCCAUCAGGAAGCCCCUGCGUCACAUGACAUCCUGGUGUUCAUGACAGGACAGGAGGAGAUAGAGGCGCUGGCUCGUACCUGCCGUGACAUCGCCAAGCACCUACCUGACAGCUGUGGUCCCAUGACUGUCAUCCCUCUGUACGCCUCCCUACCCCCUGCUCAGCAGCUCAGGGUCUUCCAGCCUGCCCCUAAGGGUUGUAGGAAGGUAAUCCUGUCAACCAACAUUGCAGAGACGUCGAUCACCAUCUCAGGGAUCAAAUACGUCAUUGACACAGGCAUGGUGAAAGCAAAACGCUUCAACCCAGAGAGCGGUCUGGAGGUGUUGGCAGUACAGCGGGUAUCUAAAGCCCAGGCGUGGCAGAGGGCGGGCAGGGCUGGCAGAGAGGACUCCGGCUCUGUCUACCGUCUCUACACCGAGGAUGAGUUUGACAACCUCAUCCCCAUGACCGUGCCUGAGAUACAAAGGUGUAACCUGGCCAGUGUCAUGCUACAGCUUCUGGCUCUGGGGAUCCCUGACGUGAUGAACUUUGACUUCAUGUCUAAGCCUUCUCCUGAGGCGAUGCGUUCGGCAGUGGAGCAGCUGGAUCUGCUCGGGGCUGUAGGGAGGAAAGGUGAGCAGGUCACCCUCACUCCUUUGGGUAAGAAGAUGGCCAGCUUCCCCCUGGAGCCACGCUAUGCCAAGACCAUCUUGCUGUCACCAGACUUCCAGUGUUCCGAGGAGGUGCUGACCAUCGUGUCUCUGCUGUCGGUGGACUCGGUGCUCUACAACCCGCCCGCACGCCGAGAGGAGUGUCUCGCCGCACGCAAGAAGUUCACCACCAGCGAGGGAGAUCACUUGACCCUGCUCAACAUCUACAGAGCCUUCAAGAAAGUAAACGCCAACAAGGAGUGGUGUCGGGAGAACUUUGUCAACAGCAGAAACAUGAGCAUGGUUGGAGAGGUCCGUGCACAGCUCCGAGAGAUCUGCCUUAAGCUGAGCAUGAAGUUGGAGUCGUGUGGGUCGGACACGGGGAGCGUGCGUCGCUGCCUGGCCCACGGUCUGUUUAUGAACGCUGCAGAGCUACAGCCAGAUGGCAGCUACACGGCUCUGGAUACCCACCAGCCUGUUGCCAUCCACCCCUCCUCUGUCCUUUUCCAGGCCAAGCCUGCCUACGUGGUCUUCAACGAGCUCCUGCACACCUCAAAGUGCUACAUGAGGGACCUGUGUCUGGUGGAUGCUGAUUGGCUGGUCGAGGCAGCGCCUGAGUACUUCCGCCGGAAGCUACGCCCCACCAAGAGCUAGCCUCUGAUUGGACAGAACUCGGGGGUGACAAGAGACUACAGCGGAACCAAAGCUCCCUGAGCAGUGACACACCUGGCCCACCUCUCCCUCAGUGUCAAUAGAAACUGGAUGGAGGCAUGAUGGGAAAAACAUCUUUCUACUUUUUCCUGUUUGCUGAAUCGCUCGUUUUUGUUUACACAAAGCGUAGAAAGAUUCUUCAGCGCUGUUUGUGUGUGUGUGUGUGUGUGUGUGUGUGUGUGUGUGUGUGUUUGUGUGUGUGUGCCAGUCGAAGACAGAACAUUUAGCAUUUGGUCUGACAGUUUGGCAGCGUUCAGACAAGCAGCCCAAUUCUAAACUUUUUUUAAAUUAAUUGAUCUUUUGAAUAAUCAGAUCAGCUCUGAAACAUAUUUGAUGUGAUUGGUUAAAAGACCAAUUAGUGGGGGGGGGGAUCAGAAUUGUGCUGCCUGUCUAAAUUCAGCCAAGUAGAGGGAGGUCUGAGUGAGGGUUCUUCUCUGGGUUCUUCUACCUAGUCAUUGGACAGCGGCCAUGUUUUAUUAGACGUCUGCUGAACCAUAGAAGAGUAGAGAUUCCCCUGGCCUAGAACGGAGGUUACAAACGAAUGUUCCCGUUACUAUGGUUACGAACCGACCUUCUCGGUCUUCAUUCUACUCUCCUCUCUACCUGUUGGCUAAUCAUUGCCUGUUGCCACAUAUUUGCUUCACAACCAGAAAUGAGGUUUCAUCAUGAUUGAGUUCAAACACUGAUUCUAAAAUAUCUGCAUGUUUCUUAGCAACAUAGAUUUAACUCACAGAAGUGGGAGGGCAUGGUUAUUCCUUCAAACAUAUAUAUUCAACAACUGACUUGAAUUGGCUGUUCAUAUUUAAAUUCUGGCCCCUGGUCUAACUUAUUGGCUGUUUUGUCACUUGCUUAAAAAACAGGGGACGUAUAUAACAUCAAUGCCAUUCCAUGUACAUAAUAUUUUCUGUUGAAAAAUAUAGAUAUAUCACAGGAUUUAAUUAGAUAUAUAUAAGCAGCAGUUUACAUAAACACUUGGGCAUAGGUUGACUUUUUGUCUUCAUUGAGUUUAGUCACACACAUCUACAUCAACUACCAGGGAAAUAAGUGAUAUUGCUGACUAAAAAUGACUCGUUUAUCAUUUGUCCUAAAAGGAUACCAAGACAUCUGUCCACAUCAUUUGAGGUGGGCGGUCAUAGUGUGGCGGGGGUGUGUGUGUGUGUGUGGUUGGGUUAAUACAUUAUGGCGUCUGUCAGUUGAGGUGGUGGUGGAGGAGGAGUGUAAUUGAAUGUCUUUCAUUAACUGAUAAGAGAAUUAUGUUCUCCUGGUACAUCACCCAAUUUAAUUAUAUUACUCAGUCUGCAAACCAGAAUGUGUAAGAUCCUGGUCGAAUGAAACAGACGGAGGCCCAGCUAAAUAGUCAAAGGUUUAUUCACGGAACGUUCUGAAGUCAAGAAUACAAAUCAAUUAAUUUUAUACUGACUUCUCAUGCACACACAUACACACAUCCAUACGCACACACAUACACACAACCAUACGCACACACAUACACACAACCAUACGCACACACAUACACACAUGUCCUGCUACGCACACACUGUCUGACUCACUUCCCAGCCGACAGAGAUAGUGACCUUUGUCUGCUACACUGUCUGUCUCACUUCCCAGCCGACAGAGAUAGCGACCUUGUCCUGCUACACACUGUCUGUCUCACUACCCAGCCAACAGAGAUAGUGACCUUGUCCUGCUACACUGUCUGUCUCACUACCCAGCCGACAGAGAUAGUGACCUCGUCCUUGAGACAUUCUCCCCGUUCUCUCCCAAAUCUCUAGUCAGGUCGGCACCAAGCUCAGACAGUCUGUGUUUUAAAAUACCAUAAAGGCAUAUUGUUUCACCCUAAUUCUGACUAGAACUACACAUUUAUUGAUUAUGAUUUUAUACAUUCUAAUCAAUUCCAUACAAUAAUAUGUUUUAGGGUUCGGGAAAAUUCUAAUGAUCCAAUUAACAGACAAUUCUCACCUAUCAUUAACAAAUGCCUGCUUUUUCAAAAAUCUGUUCACUCACUAUUACCUGAUGCAUGCUCCUGCUGCAGUAAGUUACAGUAAGUAACUGGCAGCUCCAAAGACCGAUGCAUUGACCCUCUGGGUAAAUGGACUUCAAAUCUUAUGGUGAAGUUGGUCACAUCAGUUAUCCUGCUUAAAUGCAGAGCACUGUUGCACAAAUUCCUGCUAGACCAUGCCAAGUAGGUGUACUCGUACAUUGAUAAUGCAAUGCAUGGAGAUUAUAUAGUAGGAUUUGAUUACUCAGGUCUUUGAUACACUUGUAAAAUGUCUCGAAUUGGUAUGAAAUGGAUUGUAUCUAUUCGCUCUUCUCUUUUUGUAUUGUUCAGAGCAACCGGAGGAUUUGAAGCUGGGGCGGCGGGAUUUGAACAGGGUGUCUGUUGUGCUGACAUGGCAUUCUUCACCCAUCUAUCUUUCUAUUGAAAAAAUAAAUAAAUACGGAAAUAAUAUUGUCUUUAAACUAAAUGAAUGCCACAUUUAGAUCUUGAAGAGCAUCUUAACAUGUGAUUCCUAAAAUAUUUCCUAUGGGGAAUAUUUAUAAAACAGAUCAAGAAUGUCCCAAAACAAGAAUGAUUGUUUAAAUGAGUGGGAUAGGUUUACUGGAUAACCAAUGGUCAUAUGUUUGAUUGAAACGUCAUUUUUGACUGAAAUAUUCGUGUUAUAUUGGAUGAUAAACAACCUGACCUGAGUGUGUUGAAAGUCAAAACGAUUAUAGGGGCGGAUUAUGACAGGGUGACUUUAUAUUAUAUAUGCUGGUUAUUAUAUCCACUCGUGUUUUUCUAAUAAAUAAAACAACUUUGCCUCAUCAA